AUGUAUGUAAGUUAGAUUGGGUUGUAAGUGGAGGGCAAGAAAUGUAUACAGAUUGUAUGGGUUAAAGGUUAUUUGGUGGUUUUAAUGGUUUUGGAAGAAGAAUAAGUAUAAGUAAAAGUUUUUCACUUCCACCUCAUGCUUAAAUAAAUUUAGAUGUGUAAUUUUGGAAGUAAAGAUUAUAAGAAAUAUAGAAUUGAUUCAUGGGAUAAUGAAUAUGGUUAUAUAUUUGUGGAUUAUCAGAUGGGAUGGUCGAAAAGAUAUCAAUACUAUGAUGGAACAUAAAUGUGUGGAGGAGGAGGAGAUUGGAGAGAAGCAUACAUAAAUUUGAAUUUAAAAAUAAAGCAUAGUGGCAGUACAGCAGUGAUUGUAGUUACAAGUAAUAUAGAUGAAGGACCUGAAAAUGUAAUAUAGAGAUAAUAAUUUAUUAAGGAAUCUUGGGGAAUUAGAGAUUUUAUAUUAUCAGUUGAAAUGUGUCCAGAGGGAUGUUUAAUAUGUUAAUUAAAUGAUUCAAUAAUUGAUUGUUAUGUUUGGAAAUUUUUAAAGAGUAGUUGGACAUAAAUGAAUAUAAAUGAAAUAGUUAUAGAUGGAUGGAAUGUAUUUUCAGGUAUUGGAGAGGCUACAUAAUGUGGAUGUAAAAUUAAAUAAAAUUAUUUAGCUGUUGCUUUGUUUGGUGGAUAUCAGAAGACAGGAACAAAAACAGUAAUCAGUAAGACUUUUUAUAAUAUACCACCACAUUAUAAAUUGAAGAUAUAAAUUUUAUGGGCUAAAAUUGAUUCAUGGGACAAUGAAGCUGCUUAAAUGAGAGUAGAUAAUGUUUUAAUAUGGGAAAGAAGAUUCUAAUGGUAUGAAGGUUAUUUUGGUAAAAUAUGUGGUGAUUGGGAUGCUGGACAUAGAACUAUAUUUGUUCGAAUUGAAUAGGAUUUAAUUCAUUCAAAUAAUUAAGUUGAAAUUAAAUUUACAACAACACUUGAUGAAUCUUUUGAUGGAGAGUCUUUUGGAUUAAGAGAUUUUGUUAUUUUUUAUGGAUCAUGCACUGAUAAUUGUGAUUAAUGUACAGGACCUACUGGAUCUGAAUGUUAAAGUAUUAUUUAAUUUAAUAAAUUUAAUAGUGUGUUCUAAAGGAUGUUAUAAUACUGGAGUUGAUGAUAAAAUUUGCCAAUGUAAUUUUAUAUUAUAUAUGAUAAUUAGUAUGUUAUCCAUCAUGUUAUUUAUGUGAUGGACCUACUAUUGAAGAUUGUACUGAUUGUGGAGAUCCGAAUAUCUUUCAUAAAUAAUUAGUGGCUGGAUAAUGUAUUUGCGCUAUUAGAACUAUAGAAUCUAUAUAAAAUGAUGGUACGUCGCUCUGUUUACGUACUUAUUUUUAUUAUAUUAAUAUAUAUUUAUAGCUUGUCAUUCUAAUUGUGAAAAAUGUUAUUAACCAUUUGAUAAUACAUCCAAUUAGUAUUGUACUAUGUGUAGAACAGGAUUAAAUAGAGUUGUUUCUGAUGAUCUUAAUUGUAUUUGUAAACGAGGGUAUGGUGAUGAUGGUAUCUCUGAUGUUUGUGUUUGUAAAUAUAUAUCCACUUAUUAUAGAAUGUCAUUAUACAUGUGAAAAUUGUAAAGGUUCUUUAGCAACCGAUUGUACUUCUUGUUCAAUUUAAUCUAAUCGUCAUCUUACAUUUGAUAAUCAAUGUUUAUGCAAUAAAGCAUAUAUUGAUUCUGGUAUUAAUGAUAUCAAGUGUUUAUGUAAUUAUAUUUAUACUAUUAUCAUUUCUAGAUAUUUGUCAUAGUUCAUGUUCUGAUUGUGAUAUCUCUGGAGAAGAUAAAUGCACAAGUUGUCCAUCUACUCGAUUACCUGAUAGAAGUGGAACAACUUUUAAAUGCAUUUGCAAAGACUCUCAUUAUUUCAGUGAUAAUUUACAAUUAGAAUGUUUACCAUGUCAUUUCACUUGUAAAACAUGUAAUGGAAUCUAUGAAAAUAAUUGUUUAACAUGUGAUCUUACCCUUCGAUAAUUAGUUAUGUUUAAAUGUAUUUGUCCUAAUAGAUAUUAUGAUAUUGGUUUACUGUAAUGUUCUCGUAAUUAUUUUAUUAAUUAUUUUAGCUUGCCAUUAUACUUGUUUAACAUGUUUUGGUCCAGAAGUAGAUAAUUGUUUAACUUGUUCAAUAAGUAACUAUAGAGAAGUUAAAGCCAAUAAAUGUUUAUGUUUAGAUACAUAUAUGGAAAAAUAAACUGGAGAUCCUUAGUGUUACAGUAUUAAAGAUCUGAUAAUCAUAGAAUGCUCUUAUCGAUGUGCAAAUUGCAUUGGAACAAUAGACAAUUGUACUUCAUGUCCUAGCUUCUCUUUUAGAGAUCUUGGAAUUAAUAAUUCUUGUUCGUGUCCAAUAAAAUCUUAUGAUGAACCUGGGAAUCCUAUUUGCAUUAGUAUUUCAUAGAUUUUAAUUAGUUUGUCAUAAUACUUGUUUAACAUGUAAUGGAAAUCAAUAAAACUAAUGCACAUCAUGUAAUGUUUAAAUAAUGAGAUAAUUGGAUUUAUUAGGAUAAUGCUUAUGUAUUAAUAAAUACUAUGAUGUUGGAUAACCUGAAUGCAAAAGUAUACAACUUUUAAAACUUUAGCAUGUAGCCCUUAUUGUUUAAAUUGUUUAAAUACUGCUGAUAAUUGUAUUUCUUGCAAAUCAGAUAGAUAUUUAUAAGACAAUAUAUGUGUAUGUAAGACUAAGUUAAAUGGAGCCAUGAUUAGUAGUUAUUAAGUUUAAGGCAAAACUGAAUGUCAAAGUAUAGAAUUUGAUUAAGUUAGGUUGUCAUUACUCUUGUUUAAAUUGUAAUGGGUCUACAAUUAGCAAAUGCACAUCUUGUUUAGAUAGUGAAAUGAGAGUGUUAUAAAAUGGAAGUUGUAUUUGCGUUCCUCAUUAUUUGGAUAAUGGGAAACCAAAAUGUUUAGGUACAAAUUUAGGUAAUUGAAUAAGAAUGCAAUUACAGAUGCGAGAAUUGUGCAGGCAUAGAAACAAGUUGUUUAUCUUGUUAUUAAAACAGUUUUAGAAAUUUAGUAAAUUAAUAAUGCAAAUGUUAGAAGGGGUAUUAUGAUGAUGGAUAGAAUGUACUCUGUUAAAGUAAAUAUUAUUUAUAGAAGUAGAAUGUCAUUAUUCAUGUAGUGAAUGUAGUUCUAAAGAGACUAAAUGUGAUAGUUGUUCAUUGAUAUCAAAUAGAUAAUACAACUAAUAAUUGUUCACAUGUAGUUGUUAAGAAUCUUAUUAUGAUUCUGGAGUAGAGAUUUGUUCAUAAUGUCAUUAUUCUUGUUUAGGUUGUAAUGGUUAAGGAAAGGAUUAAUGCAAAUCUUGUUUAGAGAAAUCAAUUAGUUAUAGAGUUUUGAAUAAUAGAGUAUGUUAAUGUUUAAAUGGAUAUUAUGAUGAUGGAAGUUCUCCAAAUUGUAAGAAUUGUCAGAUAUAAUGUUUUACAUGUUAAAAUAAAGAAGAUAAUUGUACAUCAUGUCCAACAACUAGACAUUUAGAUGGGAAUACAUGUAUAUGUGAUUAAGGAUAUUAUGAUAAUAAAGGAGAUAAAUGUUUAAAAUGCGAUGAUAAUUGUAUUAAUUGUUCAAUUAGUUCUAAAAAUUGUAGUGAAUGUGAUUUAACAUUAUAAAGAAUAUUAGAUAAAGUUACCCAUAGAUGUAUUUGCAAAGAUGGUAGUACAGAAUUAAAUGGAACAUGUGUGAAUUGUGAUCUUGGAUGUUUAACUUGUUUGAAUUACAUUAAUUAUUGUACAUCAUGUAAAACAUUGAAAUUAUUAAUAAACAACAAAUGUUAAUGUAUAGAUGGAACAUAUGAAAGUGGUAAUGAUAAAUAAUGUCUCUAUUGUAAUACAACUUGUUAAACAUGUAUUAAUUAAGAAAAUUAUUGUACAUCUUGUUCAGCAGAUAAAAAUAGAAUCUUUAAGACUGGAAAUAUUUGCAUUUGUUAAGAUGGCUAUUAUGAAGAUUUAGUUACUUUAAGUUGUUAAAGAUGCGAUUUAUCUUGUCUAACAUGUAUGAUAUCUGCUAUUCAUUGUAUGUCUUGUGAUUCAUAAUACAAUUUAAGUUUGAACAAUUAGAAUAAAUGUAUUUGUUCAUCAGGAUUCUAUUUUAAUACUUCUAAUUUAAAAUGUGAAGGUAUUUUAUUUAAUUAACUAUAGCUUGUAAUAUUUAAUGUAAGGAAUGUUAAACAUUAUCUUAAUGUAUAGAAUGUGAGAUUUCUACUCGGUAUUAUGAUGCAGAGAAUUUAAAAUGUCCAUGUAAAGAUGGUUAUUAUGAUACAAAUCUUAAGAAAUGUUAAUGUAUUAAAUAGUUAUAUAUUAUUAUUAUAGUGUGCAAUCUAAGUUGUAAAACUUGUAUUAAUCUAUCUACAAACUGUUUAUCAUGUGAACCUAUUCAUUUUAGAGUUCUAAAUUAUAAUUAAUGUUUAUGUUUAGAUGGAUAUUAUGAUGUUGGAAUUGAGAUGUGUUAAUUGUGUAAUAAAUUAUGUAAAACAUGUUAAAUGAGUUCAACUAAAUGUUUUUCAUGUUUUGAAACUUAACAUUUUAGAUAAUUAAGUUUUAAUCAAUGUAUUUGUUAAAAUGGAUACUAUGAUAAUGGUUAAUUGAUAUGUGAAAGUAAUUAUAAUAAUUAAAAUUUAAAGAAUGUUCUAAUUAAUGUUAUACAUGUUCAGGUAAAAGAGAUAAUUGUACAAGUUGUGAUAUUAAUUAGAAUAGAUUAGAUUAAUCAAUAAUUAAGAAAUGUCCUUGUUUAUCUGGUUUUUACUAAGAUAAUAAUGAAAAUUGUUAAAGUAUAUAUUUUAUAACAAUUAGAAUGUCAUCUUCAAUGUUCCACAUGUUAAUAAUAAAGUAAUAAUUGCAUGAGUUGUUCUACAUCUAUAACAUCGAAUAGACAAUCUUUAUCUAAAAAUUGUAUUUGUAAAGAUGGAUAUUAUGAUGACGGUACUUAAGUAGAUUGUUUAAAAUGCAGUAUUCGUUGUAAACUUUGUUAAAAUAGUUCGACUAAUUGUUAAACUUGUUCUAGUAACCUUAGAGAUACACCACCUAUUUGUAAUUGUAAAUAAGGAUUUUAUGAGGAUUCCUUCUAGAAUUGUUAACGUAAAUAUUGAUCAAUAAUUAGCAUGUGAAAAUCAAUGUGUUACUUGUUAAGAUAAUUCGUUCAAUUGUUUAUCAUGUAAAGAAGGUAGAUUUACAUAAUAAUGUUUAUGUGAAGAUGGCUAUUAUGAAGGUGGAUAACCACUUUGUCUUUGUAUUUAAUUUAUUUUAUUAAUUCAGAAUGUGCUUUUUAAUGUUAAGCAUGUAAAGAUUCCUCAUUAAAUUGUUUAAUUUGUAAAGGAGAUCGUAUAAACAUCCCUUUAUGUAAAUGUCCAGAUGGUUUUUAUGAUGAUUUCAUUAAUGAAUCAUGUUAGAUUUGUGAUCGAUUAUGCAAAACAUGUAAUAUAGAUGGUUGUUUAAUUUGUAAUGGAAAUAGAAUCUUAUCAUCUGAAAUGAUAUGUGAUCCACCAUCUGAUUCUAUUACACAUAUUAAUACUCCAUGGUGUUCAACUUGUACUGUUGCUGUUAUUGAUAUAAGAUUCUCUGAUGAUUUGUUAUCCAUUUUAGUCAAAUUUGAUUUUCCAUUAGAUCAUAAAUUCUUUGUCUCUUAAUUUUAAGAUAAUAUAUGUUUAAAAAUACUAUAUGAACAAACAUACAAAUCAUUAGGUAAAAACCCUAUUUGUUAUAUUGAUCCUAAUGAUAAUACAAUAUUAAUAUUGAAAAUUGGAUAAUAAGUUACUAUUAUUCCAGGAGAUAAAAUAUUAUUUUAUGAAAACUCUUUUGGUCAUUAAGACUGCGAUUAAAAAUUAAAUAUUUUUAUUUUUAAUUAAGUUCAAUUACCGAUUAAUCCUGUCUCUCCUAAAAUCAUUUUUGAUAUUCCUACAUAUCUUAUCAAUCCUUGUGAUGAUAAUACUAUAACUUUAAAAUCAAAAAUUAAUGAUGGACUUAGAGGAUUAAAUGGAAUUAUAUGGAAAUUCUCAGUUGAUGGAUCUAAUGGAAAUGGAAAUCUCUAAAACUUUGUUGAUUUCUUAACCAAUUAAUAAAUGUUAGAAUUAAUUAUACCAUUCUAAACUCUACCAAAAUAAUCUAAUAUUACAUUUGUAAUAGAAUUUCUAAAUUUUGUAUCUUAAAAAAGUACAUAAUAUAUCAAAUUUUAAACUCAUUCAGGAUAAUUUCCUACAAUACUUUGGAUUUCUAAACCAUUAUAUUAUGCAUUUGAAACUGUUGUAUUAGAAUUUUAAAUAAAAAAGAAAGAUUGUUCUGAAUCUACUACUAAUAUUUAAAUUGAUAACUCUUAAUAUUAAGUAUCAAUUGUUGAAGUUUAUAGAAAUGAUUCUAAUUCUAGAUCAUCAAGAGUAAAUCAUUCAGAAAUCACAAGCAAUAGUUUCUUUAAUGUUAGUAUCUAAAAUUACACUUUAACAUCUAGAAUCGCAUAUACAUUCCAAUAAACUACUCUUGAUAUAUUAAUGAACUUUUCUAUUUCUAGAAAUAUUACACUUGAAAUCAGUUCAGGUGGAAUAUUGUGUUUAUUUAAUGGAACGAAGAAAAUUCAAAAUUAUAGAAAAGAAACUUAAAUAUUUAUAUCAUGUAAAGAUUUAGAUACUUAAUAUCCAUGGAAUGAAGAUUCUGGUAUCUAAAUUACAGUUUCAUGUGUAGAUUUAACUAUGAAUACUCAUUGUAUGGAUUUAAAUAAAAAAAUACUCUAAAUUAAUAAAACGGAUAGUGUCUAAACUAUUCCAAAAUAAACUAUACAACCAUAUACUAUAUAAAGUUGGUAAGUAGUUGCUACAAAAAAACAAUUUUCUUAUACAUUUAAACAAAAUAUUGUAUAUCUCGAUAAUGAUUUUAAAUUACUAAAUGUGUCUUAUAAAAAAGGUUACAAGAUGAGACCUAUUAAUAACUAUGAAAAUUUAGAAUUUAUUAUCAAUAUUCCUUUUGAAGAAAGAUAAUAUAUUUUAGAUUUUCAAGUAGCAAUCAUAUAUAAUUUUGAACUUAUCAAGAUUUUGUAAUCUGAAUAUUUUUCAUUUCAAUUUCGAAUCUUUGAUUACUUUUAAGAAUUUAAUAGAGGAAACCAAAUUAAUUUGAAAUUUUUAGCUUAAUUUACCAAUGAAAUUGUUCCUAGUUAAGAAGACUUAUAAAUAAUAGUAAAUCUACCUCCUACUUGUAUAGUAAGUUUAGCUGAAUAAAGUACUGAAGCUUUAUAACCUUAUAAGAUAAUAACUAUUUGUGAUUUUACUGAAAAUGCUCCAUUCACUUAUUAAUUAAGAUAUUUUAUUACAAAUACAGAUUUUAUAGAUUUUGAGAAUAGAACCUCUGAUUAUUCUUUAAUUUUAAAUAAUUUUUAAAGUUCCAACACAUUUGAAGGUUUUUUUCCUUUUACUGAUGGUGUAAUAUUAAUAUCAGCAAUGGAUUCAAAAGGAUCUUAUUUAAAUAUUGAAAAACAUAUCAAUGUAACUAGAACAAAGCUGAAUUGUUUAGAGAUUAAUAUCAAUAAUUAUAACUUUAAAUAAUUAAUUUCAUUAUUUCUAGAAAUCUUAUUGAAUCAUCUGGAUUUAAAUGAUUGUAGUUCAUUAUCCUAAUAAUUAUACUUCAAGAUUAAAACAUAUUUAGGGGCAGAAGAUAUUAAUAAUUAACUAUUAGUUUAUUAAACUACUAAAUUGUAUAAAAGAUUAAUUUAACAUUAAAAUAAUAAAAAAUCUAAAAGACUAUUAUUAAAUGAUAAUUCUCAAGAGAGAUGUUUUGAAAAUUCUACUUAAUAGAUUUAUUUCUAAACUUAAAAAAUCAACAAUUUAUCUACUUAUACUCCAACAAAUUUGUCAGCAGAAUUAAAAUAAAUAAAAGCUGUAACUCAAUAGUUAAUUUAGAAAUAAACUGAUUUUGUAGAUUAAAUAAAUUCAAAUGAUAUAUUCUUGGAUGAAUAACUUUACUAGAAAAAAGAAGCUAUUCUCAACUCUUUAUAAGUUCUUUUACUUUUGAUUGAUGAUAUAUUUGAAAAAAUACAAACAGCUUUAAUCAUUUCUAAUUAAGAUAAAGAAAAGAUUAUGAGUAUAUCGAUAGAUUUAAUAAGUCUAAUUGAAAAGAUUGCAAAUCAAAUCAGUAUUUAAGCUUAAGUAAAUGGCUAAGAAUUGAUAAUUAAUGGAUAAAUUUUGAAAUGGUAGUUGUCUAAAAUUACCAAAGAACUUUUCAAUCGUUAAUUUGAUAUAAGUAAUGAUUUUUUAGAUGGAAUGAUUGAUUUUGUAUAAAAAGAACAAAUUGAUCUUAAUUACAAUCAUUUAAAUCUCUCAGAUAAAUUAUAAAAAGAAUUAUAAACUUUAUUUAAUAUAAAUUCUACUAUUGAAAUUGAUGAAAAGAUUUACAAGAAAGUUAAUUUAAAAAAUCAUCUUUAUAAUAAUAAUUAUAUAGAAUAUAAAAAUACUCUUAAAAAAUAUAUAAUUGACAUGUUUUAAUUUUAAUAUUGUGAACAACAAAUUCCAUAAUAAUAUCUUUUUACUUAUCAAUGUGUAACUAUUAAUAAUGAGAGUAAAUCCUUUAAAUGUGAUCUUCUUAAUGAAAAAAUCAAUAAAACAACUUUAUUAGUAUCUUGUUAAUGUGAAUAAUUAGGGAGCAUCCUUUUAAUCAGAUAUCAAAAUAAUUAAAUAAUUUAAUAAAAUAUUACUUAAGUUCCAUAUAAUCAUCCUAAAAAGGAUAACUCAGAACUUAAAUUAAGCGAAAACCCAAUUCUAUUAUUUCAUAGUAUCUAUAUUUCUUUUUCUUUCUUCUUAUAUUUUUAAUUAUUAUUAUUCGAAAUAAAGAAAAACUAAAUAUCUAUAUUUAAAUAAGAAGAGACAGAUCACAGUAUUAGUGUUGAAUAAAAUAGAAAAGGAAAUAACUUAGAAUUUUAUCCAGGAAACUUAUUUGUAUUCAAAUUAUCAUUCAAAGUUAUAAUAUUUUUAAUAUUUAGUUUAUUCAUGAAAUACUAUCCUUAUUUUAUACAGAAAGCAAAAUUUUGACAAAAAGCUAUAGGUUUUUAUAGUUUUCAAUCAAAAUAAGUUUGCUAAUACCAUUUGUUUAUGAAGAAACAUACUGGUUAAAUUAAAUUACAAUAUUUACAAUUUUUCUAAUAAAUUGUGGAUUCUUUCUCUUAAUCAAAAUGAUUCUUAAGAUAAUUCAAUCUAUUUACAGAUUUGGUGGAAAAUGGAGCAUAUCCAUUAUCAUUUUAUUCUGUCUAAUACAUUUCUUUUGUUAUCUUGAAUUUAUUAUCUAAUUGAGACAAUGGUAAAUAUUAAAAUUUAUCUUUAGUUAGGAAGAUAUUGAUAAAAUAAAUUUAGAGAGUUUUUUGAUUUUUGUUUGCUCACUCUUUUUGUUUUAUGUAUUAGCAGAUCCAAUUCUUAUAUUCUCAAGAAUAAUCAUUUUUAAAUAAGCCAGAGUUGAAAUUAGAAAUUAAUAAAUUAGCCCAACAUAUUAACUAUUAUACUUUUUUGUAUGGCACUAGAAAUUAGAUAAUUUAUUUGAUUCAUAUGCUAUUAUGUGA